AUGAGAAGCUCGCCCAUCGGGCCCCAGCAAGCGGCAGGAGAACCGUCGACUGCCUGCGGCGCAGCAUAUGCUGGCCUGCACUGGGGAGGAGGGAGGGGAAUGGACGGGGUGGGGCGAGGACAUAGGGGGGAGAGCGGGCGCAGGAGUGCGAGAGAUUCAGAUCUAAGCAGCCGCCCGCCGCUGGCUCACCUCGCGCCGCGGAUGCUGACCUUCCCCGCCUCGCGGUUGCCCGUGGCGGCCCCGUGGGGGCAAUUCCCCACGCAGCUCAUGAUGCAGGGGAAGUCGGACGGCGCGCACGCCACGGUGAAGCACUUGUCCGCACACAUCUUCGAGGUGAUCUGCGAGAGGGCGACCGGCAGAAUCAGCAGCACGAGGAGGGCGCUGCGGAGGGCCGCCAUCCCCAGAUUCUCAGAGGAAAAUAUGCGAAGUGUUCGGGUGCCCGAAGCAGAUGGCGCGUAG